AUGACGUCCGAAGAUACCUCUCCACCCGCCGAAGUGGCAUCCAUCGCUUCUCCAAUCAACCUCAUCCUAUUAUCGCUCUUUAUAUUUGUAAUAUACAUGCAAUUCAGACCAAAGAAACCCGUGGCACUCCCUGCCGCUCCCCCACCCACCGUCUUCCGUACAUUUUCACCCACCGAUCUCCUACCGUUCAACGGCAAGGAUGGGGCUCCCGUUUACCUUGCAGUUCGGGGACGUGUAUUCGAUGUCACCCCUGGCAGGAACUUCUACGGACCGGGCGGACCAUAUGAGAAUUUUGCUGGACGAGAUGCCACUCGUGGACUAGCUUGCCAGAGUUUCGAUGAGGAAAUGCUUACCAAAGACCUCAAGGGACCACUGGAUGACUUGAAUGGAUUAGGGCAGGAGGAGCUCGAGAAUCUAAGAGGAUGGGAAGAGAGGUUUUUGGAGAAGUAUCUCGUUGUUGGCAAGCUUGUUGCUGAAGGUGAUCCAGCUCUAAAAGAGUGA